CGGCGGAGAGGAAGGCGCGUCACUUCCUGUUUCUUUAGGGGAACGUGGCUUUUCCCCGCAGCGCCGGUGUGUCCGUCUGCGUCGGUGCUGCAGCGGCUGGAGCUGGAGUCAGAUCCCGAGCGCAGCCAGGCCAUGGACUCGGCCCUCAGCGACCCGCAUAACGGCAGCGCCGAGACCGGCAGCGCAGCCAACGGCACGACGCGACCGCCUUCCACUCCCGAGGGCAUCGCGCUGGCCUACGGCAGCCUUCUGCUCAUGGCGCUGCUGCCCAUCUUCUUCGGCGCCCUGCGCUCGGUGCGCUGCGCCCGCGGCAAGAAUGCCUCGGACAUGCCCGAGACCAUCACCAGCCGGGACGCCGCCCGCUUCCCCAUCAUUGCCAGCUGCACACUGCUGGGCCUCUACCUCUUUUUCAAGGCCCUAGAGAGGGAGCCGUGGCGUGCCUCGCAGGAGCCACGUGGGAGGAGCUGCGAGGGAGUGAACUCAGCUAAGCAGAUAUUUUCCCAGGAGUACAUCAACCUCUUGCUGUCCAUGUAUUUCUUCGUGCUGGGGAUCCUGGCCCUGUCCCACACCAUCAGCCCCUUCAUGAAUAAAUUUUUCCCAGUCAACUUCCCCAACCGCCAGUACCAGCUGCUCUUCACACAGGGCUCUGGGGAGAACAAAGAAGAGAUCAUCAAUUACGAGUUUGACACUAAGGAUCUGGUGUGCCUGGGCCUGAGCAGCAUUGUUGGUGUCUGGUACCUGCUGAGGAAGCACUGGAUCGCCAACAACCUGUUUGGCUUGGCCUUCUCCCUGAAUGGGGUGGAGCUCCUGCACCUGAACAACGUCAGCACAGGCUGCAUCCUGCUGGGCGGCCUCUUCAUCUACGAUGUCUUCUGGGUGUUUGGCACCAAUGUGAUGGUGACAGUGGCCAAGUCCUUUGAAGCACCAAUAAAAUUGGUGUUUCCCCAAGACCUGCUGGAGAAGGGCCUCGAAGCGGACAACUUCGCCAUGCUGGGCCUGGGAGACAUCGUCAUUCCAGGGAUCUUCAUUGCCUUGCUGCUGCGCUUUGACAUCAGCUUGAAGAAGAACACACACACCUACUUCUACACCAGCUUCGCAGCCUACAUCUUCGGCCUGGGCCUCACCAUCUUCAUCAUGCACCUCUUCAAGCACGCACAGGGUCCUGGCUCACAUCAUCUCACUGCCUCUGUCCUCUCCCAGCCUGCCCUGCUGUACCUGGUCCCUGCCUGCAUCGGCUUUCCUGUCUUGGUGGCACUGGCCAAGGGAGAAGUGACAGAAAUGUUCAGCUACGAGUCCUCGGCGGAAAUCCUGCCUCACACUCCGAGGCUCACCCACUUCCCCACGGUCUCGGGCUCCCCAGCCAGCCUGGCUGACUCCAUGCAGCAGAAGCGAGCCGGCCCCCGCCGCCGGCGCCCGCAGAAUCCCAGCGCCAUGUAAUGCCCAGCGGGUGCCCACCUGCCCGCCCUUCCCACCUCCCCGAGGCCCAAGGUAGGGCAGAUACCCCGGCUCCAGCGGAUGAGGCAGGGAGCAUUGCCCGGGGCAGGCGGCAGGAGGUAGCCCAGCCCUGACCGGCAGUUCUUGCACGGGGCCAGGAAGUAGGGAUCCCCGCACCCAGUGUUCCUGCCAGGGCCCUGGGGCUCGCAUGAGUGGCCCUGGGGAGCCAGCUGCUGACGACCUGCCCAGAGCCCUAGGCAGGUCACUUUCUUCUUCAGAGCCCUUCUUUCUUCAUCCAUGAGUGCACGGCCCUGCCUCGCUGAGUUGGUCUAGCUGGGUAAUACACACUUGUCCUUGGCGUGAACCUAAUUGCUCAAUAAGGGAAGCCCGUAGUGAGAGCCGAGCCAGGGGCCUGUCUGCAGAGAAGGCCCCUUGUCAAUGGCAAUGUAGCCACAGCCUCACCCUGGCAACCCCUGUCAUUCACUCACCUGUAGAAGUCAUGGAACAAGUUGGUCACAUGUGCCCAGGCCCAUUCUCCACUACAUUUGCCCCUGCUGCCUCUUGGCACCGCCUAGCACAGAGCUAGCAGGGCGUGCAGCAGGCCUGUGGCUGAUGCCCUCAGUGCCUGGAGCGGGUAGAGAGGGGAGGAGACAACAGAGGCCCAGCCCUGUCCCACCCCUCAAUGUGUCUCUUUGGUUUUGUUUUUCGGCCAGUUAUGAGGAGUCGAGUCCUAAGGAUCCCACAGCAGUGACAGAAUCCAAAGAGGUGACAGAGGCGGCGGCAGCCAAGGGGCUGGAGAAGAAGGA